AUGAUUAAUAAUAGUACAGUUGAGAAAGAAGAAAGUAUCCAGAAACCCAGCAGUCAGGAUGAAGAAAGGAAACUGACGAUAAAGGAGAAGAAAAGCUCCUUGACUGCGGCGUCUUUGGCGUUUGACGUUGACGUUGACGUUGACGUUGGCCUCACGCUCAGCUAG